GAAGCACCAAAUUUUUUCAGAUUCACCGUUUGUGAAACCUCCCGCGAAAUUUAGCUCUGCCAAUCGCUUACAUGUUAGACUCAACAAAACGGACCGUAAAGACGAAUGAGAACCGCAGCUUCUACAUUGCAUCUUGUGCGACGUAAAUAUGCGAUGUACUGCAAAUGCCGGAUAUACAAGUACGUCAUACCUUACGAUUAAUUUCGUACAGCAGGGAGUUUGGAGUCGACGCAUACCUAUCCCUGUUAUGGCGUUAUCGGCUAUGGGUGUUAACUCCAGAUUGAAGAACCUACUGCAACACACCUUGUAGUAAAGAACGUGUUGCACACUUCCGGUUGAGGUUACGCUUUUAUCUAAAACCUGGUUUGCCUUUCCUUAGAGCCCGAUUGUGAAUAGCUACAUCGGUUGCACAAUUGUCAAAUCUGCCUGAAGUGGUCUGCCAAGAGACUUUGAAAUACUUAUAUUUUGAGAUUACCCUAAUUAUUUUAUCUGUUAGCGUGAACUGUGUGCAUGUAAUCGUAGAAACCGCAGUUCGACCAUGGAACUGGCAGCUAAAAACCAGUUUUAGCCCAACUGAUGUCACAAUGAGUCAGUAUGAUAAGCCGGUGACCACACAGCGCAAACAGCGAAGUUCAGCAUGUGUUACUCGUUUGUUCGGGCGUAGGGCGUAUUGAAACAGCUGCGGCCCUGGUUAACAUAAAUGCAACAGAUACGUGUCAUCAUAACGUAAGCGUAUUUCAUAUUGACCAAUCACUGCGUGAUUUUUGUCUGUCCUUUUGCCGUCCUUGCUAUAUCAAUACAGAACCCUCGAUAUAUAUAACAAUUUCAAGUUAAAAGUAGCAGCAGUUUUCAAGAAUUUGCUGGUUUAAUUAACAAAGGAAUAUGAAGCUUGCAUUCAAUAUGGAUGAUAUCUGUACGCGUCAUCAGGAAAGCAUUCCGGUUGCACUGGAAAUGUGCACGAUGCAAGAGAGGGAUACGCAGGUUUAUAAGGCUGUGCGAGAGGACACUAACGAGAUUGUUGCAGCCCAAAUCCUACUUCUGCACGUCGACAGCAGCAUCAGGGAUGAACAGGUUAAACGGUUGGAGAAGAACCUGGACCCUCUGCUGCAAUUUCAGCAUCCCAACGUAAUGCGAUACUUCAACCAUCAGCAAGUUUCCUUGCAGGAUGAAGUGAAAUAUCGGUUCCUUAUGGAAUUCUGUUCAGGCGGAACAUUACAUAAUUACGCGACGAAAUCUCCCGUGACGGGACCAUUGUUGGUAAACUGGACGCACCAGCUGCUUAACGGCCUUGCGUAUCUACAUCAGCACCAUUACGUUCACCAUCAAAUCAACAGCAUGCAUGUGUUGCUGUCCUCAGCGGAUCCCGCAACCUGUCAUUUGAAAAUCGCCGGCUUAGCUCAUGUGAAAAAGGCUCUUGAACACGGCGGACGGUCAAUGGAUUCAAACUUAGGAAUGACCACACGCUUCAUGUCUCCGGAGGAGAUCAUGGGGUUAGGCGACGAAGUAGAAGAAAGUGUGGCACAAAAGACGGAUAUUUGGAGUCUGGGAUGUGUGAUGAUUGAAAUGGUAACCGGGACUAUGCCGAAAUUUCACAAAUCCACUGGCGCGGACGCAUUAAUUGAAAUCACUGGAGAUCUGGCAGUGAUGUACUUUGUCGGGAAAAACGGCAGCCCAACGAUCCCUAGCGAAAUAUCCAUAGAAUGUGAAAAUUUCAUGAAGCAGUGUCUAAAGAAUAACGGCACAGAUAGGCCAAGCGCAGAAGAGCUUAAAGGUCACCCCUUUUUAUCAGCCACUUAAAUAAACAGAACGAAAUAAAAUUCCAUCGCAU